AUGCAGGCUCCGGUGGUGGUGAUGAACACCAAUGCUGGCGACAGACAGGUCGGUCGCCGGGCACAGCUUUCCAAUAUUACUGCCGCUAAGACCGUGUCCGACAUCAUCCGCUCAUGUCUCGGUCCUAAGGCGAUGUUGAAGAUGCUGCUCGACCCAAUGGGCGGCAUCGUGUUGACGAACGACGGCCACGCCAUUCUGCGAGAGAUCGAGGUGUCGCACCCCGCUGCGAAGAGCAUGAUCGAGCUCUCCCGUACUCAGGACGAGGAAGUCGGUGACGGAACUACAACUGUUAUCAUCUUGGCCGGUGAAAUGCUGGCUAUGGCCCUCCCUCAGCUCGAGCGCAACAUCCACCCCGUCGUUAUCAUCUCUGCCUUCAAGCGUGCCCUCGCCGAUGCCCUCCAGAUCGUAGAGGAUGUCUCCCUACCCGUUGACAUCCACGACGACAAGGCCAUGCACACCCUCAUUCAGUCUUCUAUUGGAACAAAGUUCGUCUCCCGGUGGUCCGAUCUGAUGUGUGGCUUGGCUUUGCGUGCUGUGCGGACAGUCUCCUUCGACGUUGGUGGUGGAAAGCAGGAGGUCGACAUUAAGCGUUAUGCUCGCAUUGAGAAGAUCCCCGGUGGUCAAAUUGAGGAUUCUGAGGUUAUCGACGGUGUUAUGGUCAACAAGGAUAUCACUCACCCCAAGAUGCGACGGAGAAUUGAGAACCCCCGCAUCAUGUUGCUCGACUGCCCCCUGGAGUACAAGAAGGGCGAGUCCCAAACCAACAUCGAGGUUUCCAAGGAGGAUGACUGGAACCGCAUUCUGCAGAUUGAGGAGGAGCAGGUCAAGCACUUGUGCGAGGCCAUCGUGGCGUUCAAGCCCGACAUCGUCAUCACCGAGAAGGGUGUUUCUGAUCUCGCACAGCACUUCCUGAUGAAGGCUAACAUCACCGCCCUCCGCCGUGUUCGCAAGACCGACAACAACCGUAUCGCCCGUGCCACCGGUGCCACCAUCGUUAACCGCGUCGACGACAUCCAGGAGUCCGACAUCGGUACCCGCUGCGGUCUGUUCGAGAUUGAGAAGAUCGGUGACGAGUACUUCACAUUCAUGCGCCAGUGCAAGAAUCCCAAGGCCUGCACCAUCCUGCUACGUGGCCCCUCCAAGGAUAUCCUGAAUGAGAUUGAGCGCAACCUGCAGGACGCCAUGGCCGUUGCCCGCAAUGUCAUCUUCCACCCCCGCCUGUCCCCGGGUGGUGGUGCCGUCGAGAUGGCUGUCUCCGUCAAGCUUAGCCAGUUGGCCCGCUCCAUCGAGGGCGUCCAGCAGUGGCCUUACAAGGCUGUCGCCGAUGCCAUGGAGGUCAUUCCCCGUACAUUGGCCCAGAACGCCGGUGUCAGCCCCAUCCGUAUCCUGACCCGUCUCCGUGCCAAGCACGUCGAGGGCCACACCACCUGGGGUCUGGACGGCGAGUCCGGCAACCUGGUCGAUAUGAAGGAGUACGGUGUGUGGGAGCCCGAAGCUGUCAAGCUACAGAGCAUCAAGACGGCCGUCGAGUCUGCAUGCUUGCUCCUCCGUGUUGACGACAUUUGCUCCGGCAAGUCAGCGCAGCAGGCCGGUGGUGUCGGUGGUAGCAGUGACGAGUAA